AUGUGGGAGACUCGCGAAAUGGAGCUCUUUUUCACUUACCACUUUCACGAGUGCUGGAUAUAUGCUGAUCAACGGGACCCCAAUAACCCUCCCUUUCCGGUGGAUACCGAGAGGUUUAACUGGUAUGUCGUAUCAGUGACCGACUAUUGGGCGGGCAAUCACCCACACUUCAAAGUCAUGCUGGAAAGUGACGCCAUCGGGAACGAGAGCAAGCUGCUUCGCGGGGAGAUCAUGACCAUCACCGAUAUCAUGGCUGCGAGGCUGAGGACCAAGUCGCUGCGCCCGCAUAUUGUUGCCCCAAUCCUGGUGUUGUCCCUCAUGGGUCCCCGUUAUGCCCGCAUCCUGGGGGCUGAUUUUGAUGGGAAGAUUCUCAACAUCCGCGCUUACAAGCUCUACGAUUUCACGAAAAAGAACAGGGAUGCUGCGCAAUUGCUUACGCGGUAUUGGUUUAGUGGUGCUGGUGGACAGACUGAAAUGGAACUGUCCUAG